AUGCUAAUGCUUGUUUUUAAAAUUUUUCUUCUUAUUUAUCUGCCGACCCUCAUAUUGUCUUUACUGCCAACCAAUGACCCUAACUUUCUCUCACUCUCUCUCCUUUGCUCUCUUUCUCUCACUCUCUCUCUCUUGUUCUCUUUCUCUUACUCUCUUUCUUGCUCUCUUUUCCUCACUCUCUUUCUCUCUUGCUCUCACUCUCUCUCUUUCACUCACUCUCUCUCUUGCUCUCUUUCUCUCACUCUCUCUCUCUCUUGUUCUCUUUCUCUUACUCUCUUUCUUGCUCUCUUUUCCUCACUCUCUUUCUCUCUUGCUCUCACUCUCUCUCUUUCACUCACUCUCUCUCUUGUUCUCUUUCUCUCACUCUCUCUCUCUCUUGUUCUCUUUCUCUCACUCUCUCUCUCUUGUUCUCUUUCCCUCACUCUCUUUCUCUCAAUUUCUCUCUCUUUCCCUCACUCUCUCUUGUUCUCUUUCUCUCACUCUCUUUCUCUCUUGCCCUCACUCUCUCUUGCUUUCUCUUGCUCUCUUUUCCUCUCUCUCUCUCUUGCUCUCUUUCUCUCACUCUCUCUCUUUCCCUCACUCUCUCUCUCUUGUUCUCUUUCUCUCAUUCUCUUUCUCUUGCUCUCACUCUCUCUCUCACACUCUCUUUCCCUCACUCUCUCUCUUGUUCUCUUUCUCUUGCUCUCUCUCUCUCUUGCUCUCUUUCCCUCACUCUCUCUUGCUCUCUUUCUUUCACUCUCUCUCUCUUGCUCUCACUCUCUCUCUCUUGCCCUCACUAAAAACCACUCCAAUAUCUAUUUCCAAAAGUCAUGGCAAUUCACAAAUGAUAUAGAUGUUGCACUGUGA